AUGGUUUGGAAGAUUGAGCUUGGCAAUGAAGAAGUAUGGCUUACAUCAAAGCAACACAGAUCAUACUCUUUCUUGAAACACCAAGGAGGAAAGAUAACAACGUUAACUGUUUAUGUGGACGAUAUGAUAAUUACAAGAGAUGAUAAAGAAGAAAUAACAAGACUCCAAAAAGAAUUAGCAAUAGAGUUUGAAAUGAAAAAUCUAGGAGGACUUAAAUAUUUCUUGGGAAUUGAAGUCGCAAGAUCAAAGCAAAGUAUAUUCCUUUCUCAACAAAAAUAUAUUCUAGAUUUAUUAUUAGAGGUUGGGGUACUUGACUGCAAGACAACAGAUACACCAAUUGUUCAAAAUCAUAAACUUGGAGAAUACCCGGAUCAAGUCCCGAAAAAUAAAGAAUGA